AUGGUCCGUGUCGGAGGAGCAGCUCAAAAGAGCAGAAAAAAGAAGAAGAGAAAAGCUCCUCCCAAGAGAAAAGCAGCUCCUAAGAAAAAAGCCGCUCCCAAGAAAAAACGAGCUCCCAAGAAAACAGCGGCGAAAAGGAAAUCCACCAUCCCUCAAACUCUGGCUCAACGAGAGUUGCUCAAGAAACAAGCAGAACUGAGAACGGAUCGUGCUAUGGGACCCAUAGGCAGUCAAAGAGCCAGCGAAUUAGAAGUGUUUCCUCGAGUGAAUGUGGGAAAUCCACCCUCCCCCGGAAUUAAAGUCCCCAUCCAUUCCCCUAAAAUAACGCGCUUUCAGCCCUUGACGGCCUCGACGCCUAAACUUCCCAAAGGCAUGAAAUAUAAAUGCCGAUAUUGCGGAAGAAUUCAUGUCCUGGAGAAAAAUAGAGAUAAACACGAGAUCGACAAACACGGAGGGUAUGCCCCUCCUUAA